UCCUUCAACUCUGACCUCUCAGCUUGCGCUUGGCUGGACCGACGAAGAAUAAUAAAAUGAAAACAUUGUAAAUGAUGCAUGAUUUGUCAAGGCCUUAUAGCAGUUUAACAGCAGCUGCGUUUCAUAUUUGAGCGUAUUCCUGGUCACUACUCUGUUGGAUAUGGCUUUACAUCCUCUUCGGCGCCUGUAUGUAUUUCGCGACUUUGCUAACUAGUUAGCAUGCUGCGCGCUGUCAUCGCUGAUAAUGUUAACUCAAACACUCUACUGCCUAGUCCGAAUAACAUCCGCCUUUGCGACAUUGCGUAAAUCAGGUGACCACCAAGCUGUGUUUUAUCCGGAAAGCAAGACUGUACAUCUUUAGCAAUGUUUGCGAAGCUAAUUCUAUCUUAUAGGAGCCGCUCUCAAAAAGGUAAUAAUAACUGGGCUUGCUAACCUGAGCUAGCCAGUGUAUCACUCGUGGUGUCCAUCAGGCUAAGUGGAGAGUUCACCUAGUAGCCAAGAAGAAGGUAAUAUUGACGCACAAGGUCAGGACGGCGACCAGGAUUCUUAAGGACAAUGGCUAAUGUCACGGACCUUCAGACCAAAUACAGCAGGUUGGCACAGGAGUACUCCAAGCUCCGUGCGCAGAACCAGGUGCUGAAAAAAGCAGUUGUUGAUGAGCAGGCCAACUCAGCUUCCCUCAAAGAGCAGCUAAAGCAGAGGGAUCAGAGCCUGAGGAAGCAGGAGCAGGAGAUGGACAGUCUCAGCUUCCGGAACCAGCAGCUGGCUAAAAGGGUGGAGCUCCUUCAAGAAGAGUUGGCUGUCAGUGAAGCCAAGGGCAAAAAGGGGAAGAAUAAAGGGGAUUCCCCCUCACACCAUGGCGUUCGAACACAAAGUGUUUUUGAUGAGGACCUGCAGAAAAAGAUUGAAGAAAACGAGAGGCUUCACAUUCAAUUUUACGAGGCAGAUGAGCAGCACAGGAGACAGGAGGCGGAGAUGAGGGCACGUCUGGAGGAACUAGAAAGAGACUCGCAGCAGCACCAGGCAGUCGUGGAUAGACUAACGGCCAAGUACACGGAAACUAUCGAGAGGCUACAGAGUGACAAGGCGAGAUUGGAGGUUAAAACGCAGACUCUAGAGAUGGAAGGGAAAGAGUGCAGAUUGAGAACAGAGGAGUGUCAGCAACAGUUAAGGCGAUGCCAGUCAGAACUCAACAGACAGUUGAAACAAAGCAGCAGCGUCAUCCAAGAGAAAGUCCCCUUUAACGACACCAAAUUUAGUGACUACAACAGUCUAAACGUGCCGCCACACAAUCGAAGACAUCAGCUAAAAGCGCGGGAUGCAGCGGGCCAGGCCUUAAGUUUUAUUCAAGACCUGGUGGCUGGUCUGCUGAACUUCCAUUCAUACACUGAGCAGAGGGUCCACAUCUAUCCACUGGACUCUUCCAUUGAGCCCAUCUCUCCGCUGAACCAGAAGUUCUCUCAGUAUCUGCAUGAGAAUGCGAUGUAUGUGCGCCCCCUAGAGGACAGUUUCCUGCAGUUACACCAAAGCAUCACCGAAGACACAGUCACAAUGCUUGAGACUGUGGACAAGCUGAAGUACUUCACCGACCAUUUCUCCUCAUAUACCCAUUUUCUACAAAAGCUGCUUCCUUAUCAACUCAGAAGCCUAGAGGAGGAGUGCCAGACACCUCUUUGCACUGCUGCCCUAAAAGUAAAGAACCUGGAGCUUCAGAACGAUAUGAAGAGAGUCACUUCAGCCUUUGGGAAACUACAAAGAUACAUUAACCUUAUGACAUUACCCAGUGUUCGUCAGGAUGCCAUGCCACAAAGCAGCACUUCUGCUGUCUUCACACAACUGGCUGCCUGCUUGCACAGUCUUCAUGAUGCUGUUAAAGAGAUGUCAAAGCACUACAACCAGAAGGCCAGCCUUGAGCAGGAGCUCCCCACUGCAACACAGAAACUCUUCACCACCACAGAAUGUCUGCUGGGCUCUCUAGGAUCACUGACCAACAGCACUGGCAAGCUCGCCACGUUCUUCAGCAACAACUUGGACUUCUUCACGUCAUCGGGCUACAGUCCCAAAGGAAGCACAGCAGCACUUAACCCCUUGCAAGCUGAAAGUAUGCUUUCCAAUAAGAAAAAAGCAGCUGCUUACAUUCACGCUCUUAGAAAGGCCAGGCCACCGUCUGUUCCAUAUAGAGAAGCUUUGUCCAACCGCCGUAUACUCACCAGCUCCACUGAGAGUAGAGAAGGUCUCACCCAGCAGGUGCAGCAGAGUCUGGAGAAGAUUACUCGUUUGGAGCAGGAAAAAGAACACUGGCUCCUGGAAGCUCAGCUGGGGAAGGUGCGACUGGAAAAGGAGAACCAGCGAAUUGCUGACUUGGAAACGCAGCUCACCGCAGCUCUGGAGGGAAGUCCGAACUUGCAGAAGACUGCAGUCAGCACAGUCUCAGAGAACCACGAGGAAGUGGAGACAGCUCUGAAAGCAGCUGGGAAGGAGACCAUGUGCACCAGCCUGGUUGGCAUGUUAUGUACCGUACCUUCAGCUGAGCAUGUGGCAGACGAGGAGUCCAGGGAGCAUCUGAUAAAGACUCACUACAUGGCCAGAGUGGGAGAGCUCACCACUCAGCUCCAGGUGUCAGACAGCAAAGCAGUGCAUUUCCACUCUGAGUGUCGUGCUUUGGCCAGGAGAUUAGCCAUUGCAGAGAAAUCACGUGAGACUCUAGUCGUAGACAUAAAGCGGGCCAGUCAGAACAUCACACACCUGCAGGAUGAACUGAGCACGACCAAGAGAAGCUACGAAAACCAGCUGAGCACGAUGAGCGACCAUUUGUGUAGCAUGAAUGAGACGCUGAGCAAACAGAGAGAGGAGAUUGACACGCUCAAACUGGGCAGCAAGGGAAAUGCCAAAAAGAACAAAGGUCGCUAGAAGUGCCCUCAAACAUUGGCUCCAUUUGGGACAGCACCUUGAAGACACUGUGGAGACCCACCUCCUCCCGUGACAAAACCCGGACCACUACCAGAGCCUCAGAAUUUUCUAAAUGGUGGCAAUGCAGACACUGCAAACUGACUGAAAAGGCAUUCCCCUUCCUCAUGACACCGCAUCACAUAACUCGUCCCAGAAGCUGUUUGACGUUUCGCCAGAACAGGAUAGAAGAUGAACCGCAGGAAGGCGACACAUCUUGUUGUCUUCCUGUUCAUCGGUCAGCCUUUGUAUUUUUCCCGUUCUGUGUCUGUGUGAGGAAAAAUGACAUCUUACUGCUUAUCUGAGAGGACACACAAUGUCAGUGCGGCCGUUUUAACAUACACAUAUAAGCCUCUUUCACACAGAGAUUAUGCAAAAUUGCCGCAUCAGAGACGUUACAAUCCACAUUUAUUCGCCUGUGUCUCUGACUCAACUCAGCAUAGCGGAACAUGGCUGUGAAUGUCUGUGCAGUCACAAAGUGAUACAAUAUUGGUCUGGAAGCAACAAUUGCUUUCAACACAACAGAUGGUUUACUCACCGCUCCCUUUCAGACAGCUCCCGUCUCGACUCGUUACACCUCUGAUACUACCUCCAAAGACGGAACAUUUGCAGGUCGACUUUGACCCCCUCGCCGCGCCCCAAAUUACAUGUCGGUGCUGUUCACACAGAACAGCGACACAGGAAAAAAGGCGGAACAUCCCCAGCUUUAAUAAGUUGUCUUUUUAAAGGAGCUAUUGUUUCAGACAUUAUGCAUUUCCCUUCCAACAUCUGCAUGGUCUUCAGAAGGGCUUCCAACAAUCAACUAGUAAUGGAAAGACUUGAAUCCAUCUUUCAUUCUGAAGACAUUUAAAUCCUUUGGAUCUUCAAAUGGAAGCACCAACUGAUUUACUGUGUUUACAUGGAAGAAUAAGUCUAUAACGGACAAGUGGGAGCUUGUAAAGCGGACCUGUACGCGUGUGUGAUCUUACUUUGCAGCAGUAUUUCCUUUUAGCACCAAAGUAAGGGUAAAUCUGCAAAGAUGGUUUUGAAUAAAAGCAGCAUACAUUAUUCAUACAGUUAAAAUAAUUAUUGUAUGUUUUAAUCUUAACCUCACACAUACAGGUAUAUACAUAUAUAUAUAUGAGCAUAUAAAUGUUUCUCAUAAAAUGUCUCCUUCCUCUUUUUGGGUGUGUCCCAUAAAGUUUGUAUGAUCGGAUGCGUCAUUGCCUGGACUUUUAACUGGUGCGUAGACAAGCUGGUUCAUGCAGCGUUCAGUUUACAGUUCAGCUCUGGCUUGUUGUGACAUGAUGAGGUAAGUCAGGAAGAAGCCAGUCUUCCCUCUGCCCACCAGGACUUGCCAACUGUGUGUACACAUGAUACAGUACUUGUAGCUUCACAGUGUAACUUCUCAAGAGCCCACAAUGUCUGUGAGAAUCAAAAUAAAGCUCUACUUGUG